GUACGAUUAAAUUUUGUUUAGAAAACGAUACUAUAAUGAAUAUAAUGUAAAUUUUAAAAAUAUUUAUGUUGUAUUAGGAAAAUUCAGUUCUUUCUUCAUGUGAAUAAGUAUUGAUCAAACAAAUAUUUGGAAAAUGGAAGAACCUGUAAGAAAAUCCGUUCUCGAUUACAUCCGAAAAAUUAAAAAAUACAGUCUAUGUAGACUUAUAUUUUGUGCAAAAGCUACGAAUUGCGAAGAAAUCGUACGAUUGUUUGAGUACGCAAUUACAGAAAAAUUUUCGCAGCGUAUUACAGGAUUACUUCUCGUUUAUUCUGAUUUUAUGAUUCAUUUAAUCGAAGGUGCAGAAGACGAUGUUUUUCGAUUGUGUAACGAGGUGUUCGCAAAUAGUUCGGGAGUUAUAACAAAUAAUAAAUGCUUAUACGUACAAAACGGUGCAAAGCAAUUUUUUCAAAAAUGGCACUACAAACGAUUGAACAAUUACAAUUCGAAUGUAAAAGAAUUAGAGGAAAUCGAGGAUAGCUUCGAAAAUAUAUCUACUAUACAUAAAACAAUGAUUUUAAAUUUACACAAAUUAUAUACUGAAUUAUGGAAUGUGCACCACUCGAAAAGUUACCAAAGUUUUAUUGAGCAAUUGAAUUUAAUAUCAAGAAAAGGACAUUUGAAUAUUCCGUCUAAAUCAAAUAUGGAAUUCGUACUCAGAAGUCGUUGGGGAUAUGAUCUGAUGACAUUAGCCAAGGACUAUUGUAAUCUAAAGUAUCCAUACAGUUUUGACGAUUAUUCUCCAGUUUCUGAAAUUAUACAUGAAAUUAAAUAUAACGUUGAAUAAUUUUAUAAACUAUUAUUAGUAAAAACAA